UGCAUCAACUUUUCAUCUGCUUCAAAGGCAGCCUGAAGGAGAACCGCAAAGGAACACACGGGAGGGAUUCAUUCUUUGCCUCUUUUCGGCCAUGGCGGCAAAGAGCCCUCACUGGUAUAGCUACCUGAAGGUGACCCUGUCCCGUGAAAAUCAGAGAGUGGAGCAUUUCCAGAAGGCAGAAAACACUUUGUUGAUUGUCUUGGAAAGAGUCAAUGCAAUGGACCCCAGGUUUACAGUGGAGUAUUCAAGAAACCUGGAAGCCUUAGAUUUUGCCUUGUGUGCUGCAGAGGAUGAAGUAACCAUGCAGGUUCCCUUGUGCAUUGAUGCUGAUGAUCUCUUGCUUGAGGAGUGUUCAGGGAAGCAGAACGGCUCUGAGACCGUUAACCAUGAGAACUGCCAAAUGCCAGGGACUUGCAGUUUCAGAGUAGCCAAGGAUGGCUCUCACCUAAAAAACUGGACCCAAGAAGAUGUAUUCAGUGUGGCAGAGACUGACGAAUCCAGUGGUCACAUUGUGCCUGGCAAGGUCCUUUGUCUCCUGAAAGAACUGAUCAUUGCUGCAAUUGUUCACUGCAAGCAUCAAUCCCUCAUCAGGCCAGGUGAACUCAGUGCCGAGAGGCUAAAGGAUGAUGACAUACAGUUGCCGCUACUGAUAUCCAGUGGUUGGAAAAUGAUCUGCUUUAACAUUGUUCCUGUAAUAAGAAGAAAGCAGGGUGCUCUGAAACUCAGCAACUGUUGGCAAGAAAAGGGAUUUCCACAAGGCAGUGUGAGCAAAGUCACCCAGAAGGCAGAGUUCGUCCCUGCUAGUUAUUCUCAUUGGAGGUACUGCACCAAACAUCCCAUCCUCAAACUUGUCCAAAUUGUGAGCAACCUAAAGGGGCACUAUCUGGACAGUCUCCGCCUCCUUGUCCAAGUCAACCAUGAGAACUGGAAAGAAGGAGGCAAGAAAAAGGGGCUUACAUCACACCAUUUGGAGAUGGUUUUGCUCUGGGCCACUCACCUUUUCCCUUCACCUGAAGACUGGAUAUCUCUGGAGGGGUCUGUAUAUCGUCUACUGGUGGUCUUGCUUUGCUGCUUGGUGACAAAAGAUCUUCCCCAUUUCCUGUAUCCUGAGCAAAAUCUGUUCCAAGAUGAUGGUGUGGACCUUAGUAAUUUGUAUCCUAAAGUGGAGAGCUUUGCUUGCACUCCGGAGCUGUACUUAAAAUUCCGUUUUGCCACAAGAGAAGGCAACACAUACAAGUCAAUGGACAAUGGUCUCAAAACCUUGCUUCAUCUUCCAGCUGAAGAUAAGACCUACUGGAACACUGCCUUCUUCGAUAUGCUGCUUAAUAAGUUUCAGAUGUAUCAGAUUAAGGACACAGAGCGGACUACUGCUAUGUCAAACAUCCUGUCAAAAACCAAGAAAAUGGUGAACAACCAGCAUUGAAAAGCCUUUUCCUGACUGGACGGAUGUAUUUCAGUGAAGUUAAUUUCCUGUCAUCAAAAUUACUCUUUGCUGUGGACUUAUUUUCAUCACUAUGGGUUUGACACCAAAAAUGUCAACUUGUGACCUUCAUCAGGUGAAAAUCACCAGGUGGCAAUUCCAUCAUUAGAAAAAAUGAUCCAAUUUCCUAUCUUUUUGUAGAUCACAUGAAUGCACACAAUGUUCUCAUUUUCUGUGUAGAAAUGUACUUUAACAAAGUGGUGAAAAUAUGUUCUUCAGUCUCAGCAAGAAAAUAUGAGACUGUGGAAUAUUUCAAGGAAGAAGACAGACAACUUCGAAAGUGGAGUGGUUUUCAUUUACCUUGUCCUUGCACUAAGCUGACUUUAGGGGUCUCCUGAAAACACAGAUAACUAUCUAUGGGCAUUUCUGUUAGACCUCCCUUGAUCCUUCUGUGGUGAGGGAUAAUUAUAUACCAAAGAAACAAAUAUAGUUUCUAUAGACUGAUUACUUCCAGGGAUCUGCUUUUCCAGAGGGAAGCUUUAUAUCCCAUACCUCUUCUGAGCCCCGUUUAUGCUCUGUCUAUGCAUGCCUAUAUACACACUGAGACACUGAGAAACUACCCAUUUUAGUAAUUAUGAUUAUAUCUGUAAUAUUACUUGUCAUUUAGUUUUAAUUCAUUGUGAUUUGUUGCAUGCGUGGUUUUGUAAUCUAUGUUGGGCUUUAUAUAGUGCUUGUUGUUUCAAAAGAAUAUAAUCUUCUGCGCACGAAGAGUUCAUAGCACUGUAAUUUCAUAAACCAGUAUUUUAGGCAUUUGGUUCAUGGAGCUUGGAAACUGAGGAUGAGGAAAUGCUGGUACUGGAGCCCAUAAAGGCCCACAGCCAAGCUCUGAAAAAGUACCCAUGGAAGGAGCUACUACUAUUCAGCCUGCAGAACAAGGGCAAACGAGUUCUUCAGAGCAGGCUGAGGAAGAGUUAACUGUUUCAGCUUUUGUGUACCUCUGAAAAGAGAGGUCUCAGCUGUGUAGGUUCUUGAGAUUAGCUGAGAAGAGAGCCAGCAAAAGGUAACUGUGAAUUUAAGAUUUAAGGGGCUCAAGGGUGACACCUUGUUGCUGGCUGCAAUGUCACUUCUAGAAGCCAUGACCUUGGACACUUGCUAACUCUGAACUCUGGACUAAUCCUUGGACCUUGUCUUACGAAUUCUGAUUUAAUCUUGUACUCUAGACCCUCUGGUAAUUAGCUUACGACCCUGGAACAGACAUUCAGCUUCUCUAUUGUGUUAUCCUGUUAACAUUUGCACUUCUGUUGGACUAUUGGCUUGAUCUUGGAUCUUGUGGAUUAACACUCUGCUAGUAUUUGGGGUUGAGGCUCUUGACAACUUGGACCAAAAGAUGUACAUAUUUAAGAUGCUUUCGUACAGUCUAGUUCCUUUCAAGUAUUGUUCUACCAUAUUAAUUCAUAUUUGUUAGAAAUAAUAAUAAUAAUAAUAAUAAUAAAAACUUUAUUCCUGA